CCGACGUAUUCUCAUACUAAAUACACUUCUCUAUACUACAACGUCUACUUACUACUACCCUAUAAAACCUACCUUCCUACCUUCCUACCUUCCUACCUACCUACCUUCCUACCUACCUACCUUCCUACCUACCUACCUUCCUACCUACCUACCUUCCUACCUACCUACCUACCUACCUACCUACCUUCCUACCUACCUACCUAUCUACCUAUCUACCUACCUACCUACUAG